AUGGCUAUAACGCCGUUAUUUAUUAUAUUUUUCAUCGGAACAGUUACUAGUCAAAAUCGAUGUGCGAUUGAUUAUCCAAUACUGGGUGAAUACUAUUCGUAUGAAAAUGGUCUGGAGACUCAUACAUCGUUUAAGAAAAACGGUGAAAUCAUCCGAGAAUUUCGUCGACGUCAGUCCGGUCUUGGUGCUACUGCGAAUAUUAUAACGAUUUUAAACAAUAAAUUUGUUGGCGAAUGUUAUAUGAUCAACUGGCGAUCGAAUCCAUUUCAACAUGAAUCUAAACAUCACUAUGAAUUGAUUUAUCGUGAUAAAGAAAAAUCAUGUUAUCAAUGUUUUCAAAUUUACAAUCGUACUCGAAAUAUUCUUCAAGUACGGAAAAGUGAAUGCGAUGAGGUGACCUCAUUCGAAACAAAUCUAAUGAAUCUUCACGAUCUUUGUUUAACGAUUAACGAAGAAGCUGAAUUCGAUACCUUAUUUUCAAAAACUUACUCCGCUGAGGAAUGCCGACCGACGAUUUAUGGCACAUACCAUUUUACAUAUGAAUUUCGAGAGGGCGGUAUUGGUAUUUGUGAUAAUUCAAUCUCACGUUUAGUCUCCUGUCCUGAUCCGGGUACACCGUUCGAAGCUUUGAACGAACGCUUUUGGAUGACAUAUGGUUACUGUCGUGAUCUUGUUUCUUCCAUCGACGCACAACCAUUAUACCAAUGUUUGGGCUAUUGGAUGAAUGAAAAAGGUGAUAUAUUCACUGGUAUCGCUAAUGAACGUGUGGGAACAGAACGUUGGUAUGACAAAUUUCGUUGUAUGUUAACACGUAAAGAUCAACCACAAUGGUUUGCCAAAUCUUUAUUCGCCGAAUGUUCACGAUUGUAUUCGCCGACGGAUGGCCCGGAAAAGGUCAUUAUUACACCGAUUAUCCCCGAAGUUCCAACAGCCACUUGUUUCUUUCCAAAAAACUUCACCGGUGAAUGGGUGAACACCGCCAAUAUUAACGCUCGAACGAUUAUUAAUUCGACACAUAUUCACGAAAUAGCUCGAGUUAAUAAUCGUGGUUGGUUAAGAGAAACUUAUUAUGUUUGUCAGCAAACAAAUCGAGAACAAUAUUUAGUUAAAAGUGUAACGACAGGUGAAUGUUUUUCUUAUUACAUUUGUUUUGAUUUCAAAUCGCGUCAUCAUAACAUCUUACGAUACCGAAAAUCGAAAUCUUUUAUGUCAAAUGUGUACGACGAUUUGUCUAAACGUGAUCCACUUUUCGAAGUCUGUUCAUGGACAAGUUUCGGCAACGAUGCAGCUUGGAAAUACCAAGUUUUUGUUUUGGACCCACCAGCACCUGUCGAAUGCCCAUUCACUGGCAUGUGGACAUUUAAGCAAGUUGGCCAACCGAAUUCGUUAAUUCGAACACGAAUUCGCGGCGGUGUUACACCUCGGCCGCGUGAUCAUGGAUGGUAUAUCACGUGUGAUCCACGAUUUCUUGUUUCUCAAUGGUCCAUUUGCGGUGAUCAAACAAAAUCCAUGUUUGCUGAUCGAGAAUAUUGCCGACAAUUGGAUCCGUACGGAACUCCGAUUGGUGUUUACGAACAGCCUGAUUAUAUUUAUCAAUGUGCUGGUUACUGGAGAGAAGAUUCUCGAUCUUACUUGAUAACUUAUGAUCGCGAUGAUCCUUAUGUUAAUUUUAAAUGUUGGGUUUACGAACGAAUGGAUUUAUUUAAAAUUUAUUUAUCUCGCUCAGCUGGAUCAUUUUGCGGUUUCAAUCAAACAUCACAAAGUUAUAAACCAGAAGAUGGUGCUGAUUUAAAGGUUGUUCUCGAAGAAGCUGAACGAAUUCAUGAUAGUUGUCCAAUUCGUUAUGAUGAUGGCCGGAAUCCGUGGCAAAUUGUCGACGAAUUUAUGUUUUAUUAUGCUUCACAAUCAAUAGUAGUAUCUCCUUCGAUCUAUCUUGUCAUUCCGAUGAUUCUCAAUUUUUUCUAA